AUGACUGAUAGCCACACUGAAAUGAUCAAAACAAUAGCUGUAAUUGAUUUGGAAACCAAUGGACUGCCGUGGCAACAACGAAAUACCUGUGCCAUCACCGAACUUAGUAUUUAUGCCUUUUCCUCCGCCUGCCUUAGUGGUCACAAGGAAGAUUCCCUGUUCAAGGAAUUAGAUGAUGAUCUGCAAAUUGCCGAGAAACGACAACCGCCAAUGCUGCCCCGUGUUCUACACAAAAUCACUAUGAUGAUUAAUCCCAACAAGGAAAUCCAUCCAGAUGCUGCCAAGAUGUCAGGUCUAACAAAUAGUCUGCUGGAAAAUGAGGCUCCCUUCGAUGAGAAUACUGCCAAUUGUUUAUUUAUGUUUCUGGAACGUCUGGAGGCACCGGUGUGUUUUGUAGCCCACAAUGGCUGGUCUUUUGAUUAUCCCAUUAUACGUUAUGUCCUGCAGACUAUCAAUAAGACAAUGCCCUCAUCGAUAUUUUGCAUUGAUACAAUGAAAGCAUUUCGUGAAUUUGAUGAAAAAGAACUACAAAUUAACUCGAUCAAAGAACAAUUACAACAAAUGGAAUUAAAUAGCAAUAGAGGUGCAAUUACGACGACAACAACAACAAAUAACUGUGAUAUUAUACCAACAAAAUUAACAUUAGCAGCUGAAACAGAAAAACGAUUAUUUGCCAUUAAUCAAUAUCGGGAAGUAUUUUCGAAACCUUUUACACCGGCAACACGAUUACCCCAAAAAGGUGUCUAUGUUUUGGGUAAUAUUUACGAACGCAUUUUCCAUGAAAAAGCCGCAAAUCUACAUCGUGCCGAAGCUGAUGUUGAAGUUUUAACUAAAUUAAUUUUACACUAUGGCCUUGUAUUUCUGGCCUAUGUCGAGGAACGUAAACAAUCCUUUGAUGAGGUUUUACCACUGGGAUCUCGCUGUUAA